CAUUUAACUUCCCUGUGUCUGUAUGUUCCCAUAUGUAAAAUAGUCAUCAUAAAAAUAUUCAUGUACAUUUUCAGGGUACUUUGUAAUGUCGGCUUAAAGACUACUCUGUCAGCAGAUGCUGUUAUUAUAGCAACCAGGGACUGAUACCACUGUAUCCUCAGAACCCUCAUGUUAGCAUUGUUUCCAACUCUUCUCUUUUUUUUUUGCCAUUGAUUCAUAGGCAAGCCCCAUGUAUCACUAAAAUCCUCACGUCUAGAGGCUGGUGCUGGUAUUUCUGAAUAGUGGAGGGCUUCCUGCAGCUUUAUAAUAAAAACAGGAUAGCAUUACGCCACCAGCAUCUUAAACAUAAAUAUGGGAAUGUUAAUUUAGAAUCAAUUUUGGGAUGUUUCAGACUGUAAAGUUCUUUUAACUAGAUCUCUGUUGAGGACAGAGGAGCACUUUAUGGGACUGUAAAUUUCAUGCAAACAGUCUCUGUGAAAUACAGGUUCCCCCUACACACUAGCUGUUCUCUCAAUAUCAAUCAUAUGCCUUGCAAGUAAUGUUUCACAAAUAUUCGGUAAAUCACAGGAAAAUGCUGGCAGUAAUGUGAAAUAUGACAUUCACUUGACUGUUUCACCAGAGGCCCCUAACAGGCCAUUCUCCUGUCAGCACUAACAUUUGUUAUGGCUAAUAACAUUUUCAAUCACAACUAUUUUGGGAAAAUGGAUUUAUUUUAAACCUCCUUCCCUGCAAAGGAGAUCCUGAAAAUGCCCUGCCAAGGACACAGGCUCCUUACAGAGCACAGACCGUUAAUUCCCAGAUGAAAUUUCAUCUCAUCUUAGUUCUCAAACGUUGUUUCUUAGACAGCUUUUUGAAGACUUUGUUUGUUUGUUUUCGGGCACUGAGGUACAUGUUCACCUCUUGGUCAUUGCUUUCAGUCUGGCUGAGAUAAUAGCAAUAGAGAGUUACUUUUGAGCGGGUAUCUUGGGGAUAUUCCGGAACUGAUUUGGGAUUUUGCUCCAGAUUCUCGGAAAAAAAAGGCUUAAGAACUUUGUGCAUAGGAAAUUGGUAAUCUUGGUAUUACAUUGAAAGAAACUUCUUAUUCUGAAACCUGAAGAUUUUGUGUCAUUUUAACUUUUUUUCUUUUAAACCACACUUUACAUAGAACCUAAAAUGGUGCUUUUCUUAUGUAGGAAGUCCAAGAACUGUAUUAGACAAAGCAUGAAUUCCUUUCUCAUCCUCAAGCAUGUUGCUACAGCUUGAUGGAGGACAACAUACCUGUGUUAAUGUAGCUGUGACCUCAUUCCUCUUUCUGCAUCUGUCUGUGUACACAGACACUGGUGUUUAACUGCGAUGCCCCUGGAGACUGGUCAGUCUCUUGAGGCCAAGCACAUACACAUUAGUGGAAUUCUCACCUGCCUGAAUGGAGAACUUAAUCCUCUGAUGUUUCAUCCCCCUACAAAGUGUACCUUCACAAUUGUCAAGGUGGACUAGGGGAUACCAUACUAAGCCAAAAGUGUGCUGAAGAAUUUGGGCAAAAUAUGGAUUGUUUUAUUUAACACCUGUAUGAAGGGAUGGAAGGAAGUGCAGGCAAGGGGUGUUUCUGGACUGUCUUCUUGUCUAUAGUUCUUAUAAUUUUAGGUUUUCUUAGAUUGUUUAAAAACAUGCCGUAGCAAUUAGCUAAGAAAAAACAGGGCAAAUGUCUGUCAUGCCAAAGGGUCCCAAAGUGCUCUCCCACUGACAAGGCGAAGCACAUCUUCCUGGAGUGGAUGUGGACCCAGUCCAAAUGACUGUCACUGCAUCACACAAGUGAGGGCACGCUGCGCUGCUGUGCUAACAGGCAUUUACAGCCCCCUUGACCCUGUCACUCCCCAUAAAUCCAUACCUAUUUGUGCUCUCAUUUCACCCUAGUUAUUCUCUGGCAGGUCAGACAUGAGAUGCAGUUUUCAUAUCAUGAGGCUAGUGAGAAACCAAGGCUGGGGUAAUGGGUAACAUCAAAAUUACUUUAUUAACAGAGCAGAGAAGAGAGCUCCUGUGGUGAAGCCACCUGCCCUGGAAAAUAAUCUCAAGUCUGUUGCAAAUUCAUUGUGCAGCUUCAGACAUACCAGGAACCCUCCUUUUGCCUCAGUUUUCCUAUCUAUGAAAUGAGUAUAAAGGAAAAUGAGAUUAAAUUAAUGGCUAGUAAGUGCUUUAAACCUAAAUGAUUCUGUAUUAUUUGCCAGAUAUUUCAAAUCUGAUUUUGGUAGAAACUCCUUAGUGCAGACUUAUUCUAUCUUCUAAGCCCUUUUUUAAUUUCUUUCUGACUUUUCUCUAGGCAGAAGAGAUUAUGACUUCUGUCAAAGAGCAGGAAGCCAUCAGGAGGCUCAUGGUUUUCUUGCAGGAAUGGGAUAGUGCCCACAAAGUUGCACGAAGCCACAUCCUGGACAACUUCAUUAAAAGCAAUGACAGCAAGACAGAACCAGAACUGGAGCUGGAGUUCUCCCAAGGAGCCAGCUUGUUUCUGGCUCGCCUAGCAGCAUGGCUCAGGAUGACCUACACGUACAGCACAUGCCUCAGCAAGCUGCUCAGGUCCAUUGGCAUCUUCUUAUCUGCUGCAAGCGGACACAGGUACCUUAUCGAAUUCCUGGAGAUUGGAGGUGUCUUGAUUCUCCUGGAAAUACUAGGGCUGAACUACCAGAAAGAAGACGACAAGAGGGAGUCUGUAAAGCUGCUGCAGCUCAUUGCAGGUGCUGGCAGGAAGUAUAAGGAGCUCAUCUGUGAAAGCUACGGGGUGCAGUCCCUUGCCAAGUUCUUGGCCACUUCCAACUCAGCAGAGGCUCAAGACGACACGCAGAUUCUGCUGGACUCUUUGGGCCACAGCAAUCCCAAGUACCAGAACCAAGUCUACAAAGGCCUCAUUGCUGUGCUGCCAUGCGCCUCCCCCCGAGCCCAGCAGCUGGCUCUGCAGACACUACGGGUCAUGCAGGACAUGGUGGGAGAGGCGCCCACAGCCGUGGUGGAGCCAGUGCUGGACGUGCUGUGCUCAACACACCUGCAGGUCCAGUAUGAAGCCAUCCAGCUGCUGAAGGUCCUCAUGGCCCAUCAGGUCCGCCCAGCACUGCUGGGGGGCCUGGUGGCGUUACUGACACCACCCUGGAGGAAAGAGUUCACCUUCUGCAGCGAGACCGCCAAAGACCCAGCCGCACUUGGCCUGAAGGAACCCAAGCUGGUGUAUACUCAGCAGGCAGCUGCUGCAAAAAUCGUUGGUGUCUUAGCCAAGGAGUCAGCAGAAGUGGCUGAAAAGCUGAUCCAGAUGAAGGUGGUACAUGGCCUGAUGGUUGCUGUGGGGAACCUGGAUCAUGUGGUCAGCCAGAGAUAUGCCAGCAUAUCCCUGGAGUAUUUUGUCCAUACAUUUCCCUUCGUGGAGGAGUGCGUGAAGAAUGCACUAGGACCCACACUGUUCCAGCACUUCAUGGUUGCUGCCAGACUAGCUUGUACAGGAAACAAUCCUCUUCAGAAGGAUGUCAUUCAUCUUGCAGCAUUUCCUCUUCCCAACCAGAUCGACCCACCACAAACUGCUCAGGAAGUCCCACUGCCACUCUGAAGUAAAGGCAGCAUUUCUAAGGAAUGGAUGAAUUGUUUCUGGUUUGUGUAGAAGUGCAGGGAUCUACCCCCA